GUUAUUUUUUGCUGUGGAAAAGGAUGCGUUAUAUUAGCCGGUUCGGUCCGGAAUCCUAUGGAAAAACGAACACUGCCACUCACUGGCAGUGCCAGCUUUCACUUCAAUCCGUUUCAAAGAUUCGUGUCAGUAGUUUCAGGCAACUCUAGUGGUUUCUUUCAAUGAGCGAGGUCGUAAACGCUAUCGUCGCUUUUGCAGUCAUCGUCAUCAUUUUCCGAUGGGCGACUUCAUCCAACGACCAUUCCAGUACUAGGAGGUCGGCGUCUUCAACUCUUGGCUUCAGGCCGAAGAAUGUGACGCAGGAAAUGGUCGACCAGAUACAUUCCAUGUUUCCGACCAUACCACAAGAUAAUAUCCGCUACGACUUGCUAAGGACAGGAAGCGUCGAGAUCACCUCGAAUAAAAUCCUAGAGCGUGGAUAUCUUGAUGCGCCUCCUCCAGCAUAUUUCACUGUUUAUCCUCGCACAGAGGCUCCUCCACAAGCGCGGCAAGUUCCCCAAGGACAGACAACAGGUUUAGCACCGACCCCGAAAGAGAACCUUAUAGCUCGUUACAAGCUACAAGACAGAGUGACGACUUCCACUUUAUCACCGGAUGACGAUCUUGCCUUUGGCAAAGCGAACUGGGAGGACACGUCAGAGAAGCGCGAGGCCAGUUUGCAGGAGAGGAAAGCACAGAUGAUUUUGGCUGCCAGACAGCGGUUACUGGCGCAACAAGCUCAGAAGGAAGAGGCAGGCGGGGCAUCAAGUUCUUCGUCGCACUAAACAUCCCAUCGCAAUAAUAUGUACUCGCAAUAAUUAUUUAGAUUCCCUGACUUGCACCAUAGUGUUACCCAAACCCUUCACUCGUUGUUUAGCCCAUGCAAUCUAUGUAUCAUCAUUUGACGACAACGAGUUAUCUUCAUCCUACCAAUAGCCGAUGGUGAUAAAAUCAUUGCCUUGGCGGUCCUUAAGCGUAUCAAGCGC